UGUUCGGCGUCAGUGUAUAUUCUGUUCACGGCGUUUGUACACGCACAAUUCACGGUGCUCGAUAACUCUGCGCACACGCAUAUAGCGUCGCUACUUUUUCUUUGUUACGCUUGCACCGACUCAACAAUGCCGACGCCCGAGUACAGUGUAGAAAUGGAGCUUAACCCUCCCUCCACGGAGCUGGAGGAGUAUGCCCGACAACAUUGCGGCGAGGAUCCCGACACUCGAUUAAAAGCUAUAUACGAAUUACGAGACAUUAUUUAUGAGCGAGGCGAGUGUACUCCCCACCGUAUGGAUGAUGAAUUUUUAGUCAGAUUUCUGCGCGCACGCGAUUUUAUACCACAAAGAGCGCAUAGAUUGAUGGUGAAUUAUUACCAGUUCAAAGAAGAGAACCCCGAACUAUUUGAAAAUGUGUAUCCCCUAGAUCUUCGCCACAUAGGAGAUGCUAAUGUUCUAUCCGUACCACCAUACAGAGAUCAAAAUGGUCGAAGAAUAUUUCAUUUUAGAAUGGGUUGUUGGGACCCAAAAAUAAUUUCAGUGGAUGACCUCUUUAAAGCUACUAUUAUGGCUUUAGAACUGGGGUUACUAGAGCCACGGAACCAAGUACUGGGAGGUGUUGCUAUAUUCGAUUUAGAGGACAUCGGUACACAACACGCGUGGCAGGUCACGCCAUCUGUUGCUGCUAGGAUGGUGAAACUUCUGCUGUACUGUUUCCCGGUGAUGACCCACGCAAUUCACAUUAUAAACCAUUCGUGGUUGGUCGACAAAAUGCAUAGCAUCUUCAAACCACUGUUGAAUUCUACGAUCCAGUCUAAGAUAUACUUCCACAGAUACGAUGUAACCUCUCUCCACAAACAUAUACACCCUGACCACUUACCAGAAAGGUACGGAGGCAUCUGGCCGGACUAUUCCUAUACAAUCUGGUUGGACAGUUUAACGAAAAACUAUUACGUGGUUAAAGAGAUGCUGGCUUGUGGAUACAAUUUUCGCGAAAAAGAGCUAUGUCCUAUAGUGGUAAAGAAACUCGAAGAGGAAAAUAUUAAAUUAACUUAAGCAGGGUACUAAACUAACACUAGAAGUUUUAAAACCAGUUCUUAGAAUAAAGAAAUAAUAAUAGUAAAUUAAUAAAUAGAAAUAAAGAAACUGUUUUUCCAUUGUCUGACUUAGAGAAACAAUAACGAAUGAAUUGAAAGAAACCGCAGGUACUGUCUUAAAUCUAUAGGAAGAAAGAAACUGCAUACACCUGAAUGUAACGUAUAAAUGUCAACUUCAAAUCACAUUACAUUCAAUUGGUUUCGAAAACUGGUUAUGUUUAGUUCAUUUUUAGGUACUAGGUAUAUAGUUUCGAAGAACGACUGGUUGAAGAAGACUGUCCGAAGUUCGUUUUUUGUAUGACAUUCUUUUUCUUUAAAUCUGCUAUUUUAUUACAAAUGCUGUAUCCAUGAAUUUUACUUAAGACUUUCUUGUUUAUUAUAAUUAUGUAUAAUGUUUUCUAUUAUGAAUAGAUAGUAAUAAAUAACAAAUGUUUUGUAAAGUAAAUUUGUGUUAUAGGAAUAUAUAAUUAAAAACGAGUUUUCUGCAAAUUCCCCUUAUCUGAAAAGUCUAAAGUGGUCCAGCUCUAUUAAAAACUUCGAAGUGAUUCGUGUAGACAUUCCGUUCAAUCUCAAUUUGUUUGCUCCUCUCCCGUGUACCUACCUAUAGGUCUUCACUUUUGAACUCUUAAUGAGGUUUUAGUGAAGUUUCUUGGGAGUUGCAACUUUAUAACUCAAUAGAUUUAAUAUCAUAAAAUUUACUAGUCGAAGUACAGAAUAGAUUAUUUGUUUUAAUUAUGAUCAUUGUACCUUCCAAUAAAUAAAUUACUUUUAAUAAUUUUAUCAUAA